GCAGCAGAUUCGGGUUACAGUAUAGCCUGUGCUGUGAGUGUGUGUGUGCGUCCGCAUCCGCGUGUGUGCUCGUGUUCCUGAAUGUCGGAUGGUGGCUGGAGGAGGAAAAGCGUGUUUACACAGACGGGCCGAGCGCCUGGGGAAUCGCGCACGGCGAGAGGAAGUGAGCCGGCUCGCUGUCUGCCUGCUGCAACUUCCUGCUCACAGAGAGAGAGAGAAAGAGUGAGCGAGCGAGAGAGAGAGAGAAAACAGUCGGGAUCCCAUUACAGUCCGACUGAGAGCUGCCGAGACGGCCGACAGCAUGGAAAAACAGCGCAUUAUACGGAAUUCUUAUUAAUAAAGUGAAAAGGGACCCCGAGCAUUACGCAGAGAUAUGGAGAGUGCUAUCACGCUGUGGCAGUUUCUGCUGCAGUUACUGCUGGACCAGAGCCAUAAGCACCUGAUUUGCUGGACAUCCAACGACGGCGAGUUCAAGCUGCUGAAGUCAGAAGAAGUGGCCAAACUCUGGGGCCUGCGCAAAAACAAGACCAAUAUGAACUACGACAAACUUAGCCGAGCACUACGCUACUACUAUGACAAGAACAUCAUCAAGAAGGUGAUUGGUCAGAAGUUUGUGUACAAGUUCGUCUCGUUCCCUGAUAUCCUGAAGAUGGAUCCUCAAGCAGUGGAGCUCGGUCGGGAUGGGGGUCACGUCGCAGGGGGCGUUAUGUUACAGGAUGUGGAGUCCGACUGCGGCGAGGGGGAGGAGUCUCCAAAACUGUCGCUGUCUUCGCUGCGAAGCCCCGCCUGUAGGAACGAGUAUCUCCACUCGGGUCUGUACUCGUCUUUCACAGUCAGCUCCCUUCAAAACCCGCCUCCGCUGCUGCGUCCAAUCAAAGUCGAGAAUCAGCGAGGGUGUGAGCGAGGGGAGGAGGGACAAACAGUGAUUCGAUUUGUCACUAAUCGAUCAGAGAAAGCCAUUCCCCUUGCUUCCUCGCCUUCCCCUUCAUCUGCAGAGGUCUUCUUCACUUCCAAAUCCUCCCCGUGCUCUUCCCGAAGCCCCUCCCCUUCCCAUAGCCCUGUCUACACGCUGCGUCAUGGGCAGAGCCCGGAGGCUCGCAUAGACGAAUCAGAGCCCAGCGCUCAGCCUUUAAAUUUAUCUUCCAGCCAUAGGGAGCGAGCCCAGAAUCAGGCCACAGCACUCGAGAGGAGAACUAGUAGCAACAGACUGCCUCCGAAAGCCCGGAAACCCAAAGGGCUGGAAAUCUCCGCCCCUUCAAUACUGCUUUCAGGAAGUGACUUGGGCUCCAUCGCCCUCAACAGCCCAGCACUGCCCUCAGGGUCCCUUACGCCAGCCUUUUUCACUGCACAGACUCCCUCCGGUUUGCUGUUGACGCCCAGUCCUCUCCUGUCCUCCAUUCAUUUCUGGAGCAGCCUGAGUCCCGUGGCCCCCCUCAGCCCCGCCAGACUACAGGGACACAGCUCACUCUUUCAGUUCCCCUCCCUGCUGAACGGGCCGCUUCCAGUUCCCCUGCCAAACCUGGACUCUCCUUCAUCCUCCUCCUCCUCAUCAUCCUCUUCCUCUCUCCUCCUGUCCUCCAGUGGCCAGAAAUCCUGAUUCCUGCACACUAGAGUACAUACACACACACGCAAUCACACACAGACUUGUUCCUAUAUCCCAGUGGGGACUCUCAUAGACAUAAUGAUGUUUCUAUACAAACCUUAUAUUCUCUCAUCUACCCCUAAACCCAACCCUCACAUUUUUCAGAAUACUUCUAUUAUAAGCACGUUUACCUAUAUUUUGGUCCCCAAAAUGAGCCUAUGAGUCCGUGUUAGGUCACUUUUAUAUCCCCACUGGGAUAUAAACACAAGUACACACUCACACACCUACACUAAAGCAGGACUGAAGGCUGGAGCUUGAUGUUUUGUGUUGAGCCAGACUGCACUUCUCCCUCUUGUGGCCACUUCAGUCACUGCAGCCUGCACUUCCGGACACGGUGUUUGUUUAUUUUUUUCUUCUGCAAUUCAAAAAAGCAAGCUCUUAAAGACGGGAUUAUUAGGAGGUAAAGCCAAAGAACAUCAAGUGUCCUUUAGAGAAGACUUUGAGUCAUUGGAAACGGAGCCGCAGAGCCUCUUUUUAGUGGAGAAACAGACAUUUAAGGCAAGUUAUAUUUCAAAAGUCUCUUCUGAUGGGAGAAACGAUGCUGGACGGUGAGUUUUAUUCAGCAGACCUCCAUUAACAUGGACGCUAACUUACAAGCGAAACCCCCCCGUGGUGCUUCAGCUGGACAUAUUUGAGCAGUUUUUAAUCACCGGGAUGUUGAAAGCAUAUUAAAGUUAUCUCAUUUGCAUUUAAAGUCUUUUUUUAUUAUCCUUCCGAGGCUGUGAACCGGGUUUCUCCUUGUUUGUUGUUUGUCUGGUUUUGUAUUGUAUUGUAUGAUAUUGCGUUGUAUGCACUGUGCUUCAAUUGUACUACCGGCUGUGCCUUUUUUGGUUUAAGAAUUGUGUAUUUGUAUAAUUUUUUUCUUGCAUAAGUUUUUUUUUUGUAAUAGACGAAAUUCCAUUUCAAUAUUGGAAAUGAAAAGCUUUGUAAUAGCUUGUUUUUCAUUAAUGAAUUGAUUAAAAAACUGUAUUCUCGU